GGAACGUGUAUAAUAAUUGUUGUACGAAAUAAGCAUAUCAGAUAUAACUUGUAUAUUUUAUUUAUAUAUAAACAUAACCUAUAUAUACUUAAUUUAUACAUAAAUAUAAUUUAUAUGCAUUAUUUUUAUAUAAAUCAUAAACUAUCCUUUUCUUGCAUUCUUUUUCGUCUUCGAAGACUUAGGACCACUUCAACCAACUCCGAUUAAUUUUAAUUGAUGAUUAACUUGAUCAGCAGUGUUACCAACAUCUCGUAUUCGCUGUAAUAAAAAUAUUAAUAAUUCUAUGUUAAAACUAUAAAAUAUAUCAGAUACUACGAUCAAACAUAUUAUAAAGAGAAAUCAAGAGAACCUUGCAUCUUGAUCAAUUGAGAUACUCUUUCCUUUUUAUGUUGAUUGAGUUAAGUAAUCGUCGAUCAAAGUUAAUCGAAGUUCGUUGAAGUGUGAUGGAGCCAGAAACGGGAGGGAAUUUUUUUCAAAUUCUUACGAAAUGCUAAGUACAUUUUAAUUAAAAAAAAAAAAAAAAAAAAUCGGAAUGCACGAAAAAAUUGGAAGCAGAAGGCAGCUUAAGUUUCGGAGCAAAGAUCUACAUAGAAAAAGUAGAGACCUAUAUUUAUAUGUGUGUAUUUAUUGCCGACUAAUGACAUCCGCGCGAACAGGUGGUUAAUGUUAAUGUCCUCGCAUUCAUCAAGCCUCUUAGGAGGCCCGCGAUAUUCCGCAGAGAUUUUACUGUCUCGAUCUUUUUCUUUGUUUUUUUUUUUUUUGUUUUUACGCCCGGUGCAGACGAACGGUAAAUCACGUGCCGUCUCGAGAUUCAAAUCGAUUUCGCUUAUGGUCCGACUGCGCAUCGCGAUCGAGAUUAACGCAGACGAAAUGAUUUCAUUUGCGAUUUUCAACCCCGAAUCGGCGCUGAAAUCUCAUCCGGCGAUAAACUCCAACGACUGCAGUGCAGUAAAACUAUUUGAAUCGGGAGCGGGAUUAAUUUGUAAAAACACGCACAGUUAAAAUAAAGUUUCUCUCACGCGAGACGUGCAAGAAAUCUGUUACACGGAAGAGUAUUUUAAUAGAACGGGCGAUCGUCGUCGAUUCGUAUACGAGAUUUAUGACAACAACAACCUCUCCGUCACGAACCUCCUUGGGGGAGCACGUUGUAAGAAACUGGUUCGGACACGUGCGUAGCACGCGUCGUAUCGUCGAGCACGCGUCUCUCGUUCAUCCGAAGCGCUAGGUGCGCACAAUGCAUCUAUCUCUCGGCCGAGAUGAGCGAAAGCGCUCACCGUUCGCCACCAAAAUGAAUUAUCUGCCGCGAAGAAGCUGUGACGCACGUGCGUGAUCAGCUCGCGUGAACCACGCGGGACGCAAACCGUUCCAUUGAUAUAAAAAUUCAUGAAGGCGUUCUCAACGAUCGUUUCGCGUAGCCGCGGUUGGUUUUAACGCGCCGUGCGGACCGCCUUUCUUAAUCGAAACCUCUUCGGGGCAUCCAGGGAACCAGUUUCGGCGAUGAGAGAUCGCCUCUGUACCGUUAUUUUUACCCGUACACACACGAGGUUGCAACCAGACACAGGUUGCGAUCGGCACGUCGGUGGUAGUCCACCCGAUAAUUUGGUUGGCGAUAUUAACACAAGGUACUCGAACGGAAAAAAUAUUGCUCCCGUGACAGCGCCACACUUGUGGAACAUUGUUUCGUUACAUAUCUGAUUAUUUAUUAUUUAAACGUGAUUUGUUUAAUCUUCGUCGUCUAAUGAAAGCUACACUGAUCUCUCAAAGCGCGCUGACAAAAUAUAAUUUAAUAUUUUAUAUAGAAUUGCAAUCAACUAAAAUUACUUUACUUUCCAAAAUAUGAAUAUUGAAAUGCAAACAUUAGAUGAUUAUAAUAAUCGAAAGAAUCUUAAUGUAAUGAUGAAACAAUUUAAUACACCAUUUAAAUCUAUGCUUAUUCAAGAUGCUAAUUCUUGUUGCUCAACACGCGAUCUUCAUGCCUACGUACUCGUCAUUCAAUACAUGAGUUGUCCUCGUGUUGUUUUAAGUACGGAGAUAUUAUAUUAUCUUAUAUUUGAUUCAAUGCUAGUUAAUUGUUCCAUGCCACGUGUAAAUUAUUGAAUACUACGUCAGCAUUGAUAUACUGCAUUUUGCACGCAUGUGCACUCGAAAGUGCAAAGACAACUUUACAUUUUCUCUUCGACUCGAUUCCUUUUCUUUCUUCCUCUCGUUUGCUGUUAUGGUAGAAAGUUAAAAAGAUGUCAAACUUGUCGCAUCAGUAAGUACGUGAAAUACGUUAAUUAGAUAAAUAUGUCUGCAAAACGCAUCUCGUACGUAUGUUUAUUAUUCUUUGUUCCGGUUGACCAAAGAUAAUUAAUUGACUGAUAAGUGAACUGUUGAAUAGAAGUGUUAUAAAUCAUUUCUUUUGUCCGUAAACGGGGAAAAGAAAGUUCAUGAAAGUGUAUAGUAAAAUGCAAUUGUUUUGCUGUCUAUGGAUAUUUUUAUGAUUUUAUAAUCGAGGAGUUUAAAAUAAAAACUGAUUCCAAAAUGAACGAAAAACGAACUUGCAUCGUACACGUUGGACUUUUAUUCUCAUUAAUGAAAGAAAUUUGAUUCAGAGCUCGUCUAAAAUUUUUAAAGGUCCAUUACGUUCUUGAAAUAUUAUCAGUGGUUUAAUCUGCAUGCAAUUUUCAUAUGGAGAAGUAGAAAGUCGCUAAUUUUGUUCGGUGAAUGCGUGUGUAACCUAAGACAGUUUUUGCAGCAGCGGGAGAUUAUUUUCACGCGAAUUUUCUUGUCGCUCGUAAUCGUCCAGCAGAGCGGCUCGCGAUAUUUAAAUGUCGCGUUUCAUCGUAUUCAGAGUAUGACCGAGGUGUGCGUUCUAAACGCAUAAGUUCCGUCAAAGCGUGCUCUCAUUAGUGCGAUUAACGGCAUUGUAAUCGGCUUCGAGUAAUUACGGGUCAGCCAGGAUUUUCUUCUUAUCUUUUAUUUUUUGGACAUUAUUAUUAUUAAGCGAUUCGUCGUAGCGAUUUCUCUUCCUUAGGCAGACGAGAACAAAGCUCUCCGACUCUUUCAAUAGCGAUCUCACAAUUGCCAACCGGUUCCUAACAGGGGAUUCCUUCUUCGCCUAAUUGCUUCUUGAUGUAUAUAAAACGAAGUGCUCUAUGGAUUCUUAUCUACGACUUGUCGGUAGCACGCUAGUUUAUUGAUCCUCCUCUUCCGUCUGAAAAUUUUAUCGCAAUAGACAGAAUAUGACGUAAUGUUUUAGGAAUUAAUGUGGUGUAAUAUAUGCAUCUAUUAUUAAUUUAUCUUUGUCUAAGAGAUAAAUUUUCUCGACUUUUAAUUCUUUCUAACUCUGAACCUUUUUAUGAUAUAAAUAAUACUAAAUAUUUUUACAAAAUUGUAGAAAUUAAUGUGUAACACAUGUGUUUAUUUUCGUACUUUAUUUUAGAAAAAAAUAUUAAAUAUUAAUCAAUAUUCAUGUUAAAAAUAUUAUGAAAUUCAACGUAUUUUCAAUGCACUUAUAACUGAAAAGCAUGUGCAUGUGAAAUUUAGUACAUUUUUGACAACAUUGAAUUUACAUUUAAUAUUACAUUACAUUAAAUUCUGCUGCUGAUUUUUAACAGUGUAGUCCAUACCAAUUUAAGUCAAUAGUUUUAACUUUGAACAUGAUAAAAAUUAUCACAAAGCAAUCUUUUGAAUAAAUAAAUUUAAAAAUUUUUGGUUAUUAGGAUUUUAUAUUUAAAACUAAGUUUUACUAUUUGUCUUUUUGAAUGUUGUUUGAAAAAAUUAAAUGUGUUCUUAUUCUGUAAAAGAAUGGGUCGAGAAUCAGUUGAUGUUGAGUGAUUUACUCUCUUUAUGGUAGUUAAAAGUAAAGACACCUUAUUCUUGAUAUCAAUUUUAGCCCUAAUAGUCGAGCCGUUUCAAACCGACAAGCUUCCAUUAGACUAUAAUACACGAGGCGACAUUUCGCAACGUACAGAUCAUCAUCAUCAUCAUCAUCAAGAUCAAGGUUGUAGAAGACCGGUACUUCGUAAUAAACGUGACGGAGAAACUCGUCACACGGUUCGGUAUUGCGCAUUUCCCGUAUACGCAACAACGACCUGUCGAGUGAUCGAGGUAACAACGCAGGCUCGCUUACGCGUGCAUACAGGUGCGUAAGAGUCUGGUAAGGUGAAUGUGCCUCUUCGGAACCGGCGCAAGCACGUUCAGUCGGAUCUUCUUCCUCUCCUCCUCGACGCUGCGGACGGUGCAUCGGCUGGCUCCUCGCGAUCUCGCCUGCACUUGCAGUCUGCCUCUCGCCGAAACCGUAUAACCGCCGCCGAUGUCGACGCUCUCCUUAUGGAAUCGUAGCUCGAUAUCUAAACCCGCAGAAAUCUUUAUUACGAUCGAUAGCAUUCUGUCGAUUCAAAACUCGAACAAAAAUGAAACACGUGUGUCAAGUACAUUGAAUGAGAUCGUCCCGUGCGACAAUUGGGAACUUUGUCGGAAUUAAUUCAAUUAGUGCGACUAAUAGUUUUUGGUGAGCUUGCGAGUAGAUCUUUACCUCGGACAAGAUUAUUGAGAUCUCGUAAAACGUGAGUCGUACAAUCUGAACUCAAGAAACAAUCAUUCGCGUGUCAGUCAGCCGAUCUACGUGACUUGCGUGCUGUGUCGUCGUCGUCGUUGUAUUAUGUGCCUCGAUCUUCUUUUGCCGAUUGUUCGUGGCGCGUGCCGGCUGAUGCAUCGCUCGUUUCUAUCCUGCUAUUCAUCUUCCAAGAAAUUGAUCGGGCUUGGAUCGCAACUGAUCUAAGGUCGUCGACUCGAGGAGUAUUGAUAGUAUACAUUCCACAGGAGUCGGACCUUAGGGUGAUUCAUGAUCGUAAUCGGAUUUGCACAAUGGACGCGUACAAUGUCUUAAUCGGCGAUUUUGUGAGCAAUAUAUCCUUGGUGCUUUUCUAAAUGUGAUAGGACAACAAACAAACGUGACUUUCAAAACGGAAUUGUGAUAAAAACUCUUUUACGAAGGAAAGCAGGUGUCAUCGGUAAUUUUUGCGAAUCUGUCGCACGCAGUGAAUCGAAUCGUUAGUGCGGCGAAUCGUUACGCGUGCAAAAUUUUUUCUUUGGUGAGAUAUGGGAUACAGGCUCUAUCAUGGUAGUCGUAAUGUCAUCGGCGAUUGCUGUAAUUGAGGAUUUCUCGAAGGAUACACUAGGAAGGUUGCGUAUUCGGUACGUGAUGCCGGCGGCGCACCUGACGCUGCGCGAGGAGGACGUGGUGCGACUGACUUUGGAGUUCCUCCACAGCCGCGACCUUCACAUCUCGCAGCUUUCGCUCGAGCGUGAGACCGGCGUGAUAAACGGCCAGUACAGUGACGACGUACUUUUUCUGCGUCAACUGAUCCUCGACGGACAAUGGGACGACGUUCUCGAGUUCAUCCAGCCGCUGGAAGCGCUGUCGGAUUUCGACAUGAGGAAGUUCACGUAUUCGAUCCUACGGCACAAGUAUGUCGAGCUGCUGUGUAUCAAGUCCGAGGCGAAUGUUAUUGCCACUGGGACAAACGGCAGCGUCGACAACGCCGUAGAGGAGGUCGUCAAAGUGUUGAACGACCUCGAGAAGGUAGCACCCUCCAAGGAGGAAUACAGCAGUCUCUGUCUGUUGCUUACUCUGCCGCGUCUGACGGAUCACCUGCAGUACAAGGAUUGGAAUCCCAGUAAUGCGAGGGUGCAAUGUUUCCGCGAGGUUCACCCUUUGAUAGAGAAGUUCCUGCCGGGUGACAGGAAGAGCACCGAUCCCGCGCAUCCAGUUACCUCAGCGAAAAACGAUCGGCUUAUUCAGCUCAUCAUUAAGGGCAUCCUAUAUGAGUCUUGCGUAAAUUAUUGUCAAGCGAAAGCUACUGGGUCGAAAGAGAGUGAACAGGUAGAGAUGAGUUUUUCGAGACUACUGGAUGGGUCCGUGGGCUUCAGCGAUUCGGACUUAAGUUUAUUGUCAUGGCUUCAAAGUAUACCUCCCGAAACGUUUGCUGUACCAUUCGCACAAAGAACCCUGAACGUGGACGUGGAGCGCCUGGAGAGGCCCUCCUUGGAGACUUCGUGGACUGAACAUAUGCUGAUAACGCCAAUUAAACCGAAGACUUUUCCGCACAGCGCCAUGCCAUUCACUAGGCCGAGAUCCGCCGCGGACAUGAUGUCUCGUAGCUUAGUUCCGGCUUUGGAGGCUGGUCUCGGGCCCAGGAGUCCCAAGAACACAUCCAUACCAUCGGCGGCGCUUAUGGCGCUAUCCGUCGGUGACGUAAACACAGUGAUGUCCAGGUCGUCGUUCGCUAGCUUCCAUUUGACCGGUUUCAAGAAUAACAAAUUGAUGAAUACUAGCGUCGAUAGGCUCUUCGAGAACGAAGGUGACGUCUUCCUUAGUUCAAAUUACGCCGAAUUUCAACAGUUACCCUCAAUACAAGAGACCACGAUGAAUGCUCAACCUAAGGCUCCGCCGAGAACCCGUGGACAUUCCAAAAGUCCCGACGGUGUGGACGCUGAUCCUUCAGCGACAUCCACGCCGGAGCGUAGAGUGCCUGGAAGGGAAUCGCCGGCGCCUUCGACCGCCAGGAGUUCCAGAAGGGACUCUUUGACGGAAAAGCCCACAGGAGUUGCGGCUAAAAUUACAGACCCAUCCGUGAUACCGAUUAGAACGAUGGUGCCUCCUAGUGAUAAUCACGAACAAAGUUAUAAUGGUGGCCUAUUUAAAGAAUAUCAGAAACAGAAGCAGAGGUUACAGGAAACCAUUCAGCAAAAGGAAAGAGAAAGGGACGAAUUAGUCAGACAGUUAACUGCACCGUUACCUAUGCAAGUAGCGGAUAAUAGACUUCAGGGAGAAGGGAUAAAGCAGCCUUUGGGAAGCAAAGGACCUUCGCCAGUUCACACGAGUGCACCUGUCCGGUCUGGAAUCCAGUCGCCGAAGCCUACGAUCAAUGGAUCGGAUCCAGUCGCGAGGCAAAACUCGGUGUCAAGCGGCAUUUAUGAUUCAAGGGUAUCGGAAGGACAUUACGACGUCAUCAAACCGAAGCAAGAGCCGAGGCCGGAACUCGAUACCAGCAAUGGAAGCAGCAAUGGCGGAAGGCCGCGUUUCGUUCCCGUCACCGCUCUGGAGGACGUGCAGGCGAUACGUUGCGCCGAAUUUCACCCCCAUGGGAAGCUCUACGCCGUGGGAUCAAACUCGAAGACGCUGCGAAUAUGCGCUUAUCCGAAGCUGCACGACGUCAGAGAGGAUCAUCAGACGUAUCAGCCCACUGUUCUUUUCAAGAGAACGAAGCAUCACAAAGGCUCCAUAUACUGUCUCGCGUGGACACCGGAUGGUCGGCUGAUUGCAACCGGAAGCAACGACAAAACCGUGAAAUUGAUGCGCUUUAACGCCGAUACGUCAAAUCUUGAAGGGCAAGAGGUCGAAUUAACUAUGCAUGAUGGUACGGUGCGCGACCUGUGCUUCCUCGAGGACACGUCAAACAAAUCGAGCCUCCUGAUCAGCGGUGGUGCUGGCGACUGUAAGAUUUAUGUUACCGAUUGCACGACCGGUACACCUUUCCAAGCUUUGAGUGGUCACAGCGGCCACGUGCUGACGCUAUACAACUGGGGCGGAGCGAUGUUCGUCAGCGGAUCGCAGGAUAAAACAGUCAGGUUCUGGGAUCUGAGAACGAGAAGCUGCGUUAAUAUGGUUACACCUGCGACGGUACCUGGCAGCCGGCAUCUGAUUCCACUACAGGUCGGUAGUCCCGUAGCCGCGCUGUGCGUAGAUCCGUCUGGCCGACUGUUGGUGUCCGGCCAUGAGGAUAGCAGCUGCGUUCUCUUCGACAUUCGCGGCGGCAGAACGGUGCAGUGCUUCAAACCUCACGCGGCAGAUAUCAGAAGCAUACGAUUCUCACCGUCGGCGUAUUAUUUAUUGACAGCGGGAUACGAUAACAAAUUGGUACUCACGGACUUGCAAGGCGAUCUUACGAUGCCUUUACCUAGCGUCGUAGUCGCUCAACAUCAGGACAAAGUCAUUUCCGGACGUUGGCAUCCGACGGAGUUCUCGUUUCUCAGUACUUCCGCUGACAAAACUGCAACCCUCUGGGCCUUACCGCCUGUUUAAGGACCCAGCAUGAUGACGCACGCACCGUUAUUUAUUUUUGUUCUUUUAAGAACAUUUUAACAUAAUAAUUCGUCUUUGACAUUUUUGUUUACAUUUGUUUUUUGACAUUUUGAAUUGAUCCCUACAAAAUAGUCGUCACUGAUUUCGAUUCUCAAGCAAUUCCGUAGACACGUUAUAACCACAAAAGAUGAAAUUUUGAACGAUAUUAAUGUUCUAAUAUAUUUACGUAUUUACAGUUUAUUUUUUAAAUGACCAAUUAAAACUACGAUUUACACGACUGUGUCAUUAACUUGUUGCAGCAUAAUACAUAAAGUAAAGCAUUUAAACGAUUAAAACGUAACACGCUUUGAAGACUCGGGCUAAAGGGGAAUAAAGAAACGCGUUGAUCGCGCGAUAUCGGAUGAGCAUAGGAUUGAAGAUAGGAUUGUUUUUAGCUAUGAAUUUAAUAUCGGGAGUCACAAGACUGCGGAUGAAUAUCCUUCGCUUCGACGUUGUUUUACAACUACGCGAAGUUGGGUUGUAUACAUCAUGAGUUUUUACAUACUUUCUUUUUGCACAAUACGAGGAUAGAUUUUCAGAUUUCGAAGAACGUUUUUUUUUUCCAGGACAACGCACGCGUACUUAUUAGAACCGCAGUGCGAUAUAUCCUUUUCCCCAGUCUCUUUUUUUAAUGUAAUUUCGUUGUAAUCAGAAAUGCCUGUAUUGUAGAUAUAUUGAGAUAAGUUAAGGAAAUUUUAGAAAUAACUGACGUUCUUGUACAAAGGACGUUUUACUUUCUAGUUCUUAACGCUCUCUUACUUUCGCUCGGUUAUCGCAUCGUUGCAUCAUUUCAUAGAAAUAUUCAUUUUACUUAUUUUAUCUAUGAUUUAUUGCAAAACUUAUCACAAUUGUCGCAACUUGCGCGCGCGAUUAAUUUACAUAGAUGCUCAUACUUCCAUCUUCAUGUUGUCAACUCACAAGCCAAAUAUACACACGCGUACUAGUAUAUAGUAUAUAAAUAUAUAUAUGUAUUUGCGAAAGAAAUUAUAUACGUAUGCUCAUACUAAUCGCUAUUUUUUACGGACUAAAAUAAUAUAAAUCGAGAGAAUUAUCCGAGCGUCGAGCAAUUACGCGACUCAUCGUAAGAUGUGACAAGUUGCGCAAAGAAGAUAGUAUUCUUUAGUAAUUUAAAGUCGUAAGGACUAACAAUUAGAAUUAAGUUGCUUGUCGCAAUCGCCAAAGCUCGCGGUAGCAGCGAAACUGAAAGAGAAAGAGAGAGAAGUGCGCAUAAUUUUGCGCUAUCGAAAGCAAUUUUCUCAUCGGUCGUAGUGAUUCGAUGGUUGAGUAUGGGACGAAGAUUUUGUAAAUACACGUUUAUCGGCGACUGAACUCGGCAAAUCCUUUGAUUCAAUUAUUAAUCUGUCGGGUGAUGAUGUGCACGCAACCAUAUCAUUUGUUUUAGCCCUACUUCGACAUCAACGUUGUUAAGAGUGAACUUUAUUUUGUCCUGUUAGCAUAUUUUUUCAGCGAACGGACAAAUCAUAUUUUAAGAUCGCGAAUGUAUUCAAGGAGAGAAUGGGAAAGAGAUAUUAAAGAAAUAUAAGAGAUAAUAAAAGCAGAAUAAAGGGGAAAUAGGCGAAUAAUAGAAAGGUUAAAGUUAAAUGCUUGCUAAAUAAGUUCGUUCUGUCGCGUUCAAUCAUUCCCAAGAUUGUAUGGAUUAAUAUUUACUAGACUUAAAUUAUCUUUCUCCUCUGUGGAAAAAAAUAACUUUUUGAUCAAAAUCAUUUUAAUCAUUUCUUAAUUAUUUUUUAAUGUCACUCAGUUUGCGAUUUUUUAAGUAAUUUUGACAGAAAUUCAAAGAUUCGUGAAUAUGGCUAAUCGCGAUAACAUAGUUCAACAUAUUUUUGCAUUCAUGAAAACAUGACGUUUUGCGACUCUGUGUUCCGUAUUUUGCUAUCCAACAACUUUGUUUCUCUGUUUCACGCAUUUUGUAAUGAUUGAAGAUCAGAAUGAUAAUAGCGAGCAAAUGGAAUGGGACGGAAGCAAUUAUUUGUUAAUAGUGACUCAAUGCAAGCAUCAGCUUCCAUGUAGCAAUUUAUCGUGCCUUCUGUCGUGGCUGCUUUCGGCGAUUUACACUUAUUUUUGUAUUUUUUGUGAGCUCUUACUCUUCCUCCCCUUCCUCAUGUUCCUCAUGCCACCACGAUAAUCCUCCCUCAUCUCACAAUACAUCUAAACGAGUUCGUAAACGUCUAAAAUAAAAAAAGUCUCUCAUUAUCUCGUACUCGAGUAUUACCGCAUAACGCACUAUAUAUAUAUGGCAUAACUUAUAACUUUGUACUUUUCUUGUAGAUACGAUAUAAUAUGUCAUGUCUAAUUUAAAUAAUAAAAUUUACGUUAUUAAA